UUGCGGGCUGUUUUUCUCGGCGGUUUGCGGAGGUCCUACGAUGGCGGCAGCGGUCCCUGGUGUGGAGGCAGCAGGUGUGACCGCAGGACCUGUGUCAGGUGCGUACGGCACUGGUGAAGCUCCUGAAGCCGAAGGAGGAGUUGGAGCGGCCGGCGGAGAGAUGGACGCAGCCAUGAGAGGAGCGGAGGCUGUUGGGGACAGCGAGGAGGACGGGGAGGAUGUGUUCGAGGUGGAGAAGAUCCUGGACAUGAAGACCGAGGGGGGUAGGGUCCUCUAUAAAGUUCGAUGGAAAGGCUAUACAUCAGAUGAUGACACCUGGGAGCCCGAAGUUCAUCUGGAGGACUGUAAAGAAGUUCUUCUGGAAUUCAGGAAGAAAGUUGUAGAGAACAAAGCUAAAGCAGUCAAGAAGGAUAUUCAGAGACUGUCCUUAAGUAAUGACAUAUUUGAGGCAAAUUCUGAUAGUGAUCAGCAAAGUGAAACAAAAGAAGACUUGUCCCCAAGAAAGAAAAAAAAAAAAUUACGGCACAAAGAAGAUAAAAGCCCAGAUGAUCUAAAAAAGAGAAAAGCGAAGACUGGGAAACUAAAAGACAAGUCCAGACCAGAGCUGGAGAGCUCCUCUGAAAGUUUAGUUUUUGAUUUAAGGACAAAGAAAAGAAUUUUGGAAGCCAAAGAAGAGGUAAAGGACUCCAAAAAGCCCAAAAAGGAUGAAAUAAAAGAAACUAAGGAAUUAAAGAAAGUUAAAAAGGCAGAUAUAAGAGACUUAAAGACUAAAGUAAGAGAAGACCCCAGAGACAACAGAAAAACAAAGAAGGAGAAAUGCACUGAGUCUCAGCUGGAAUCUGAAUCAGGUCUGCCUAAUGAGCCUCCUUUUAAGGAGGAAGACAGUGAAGAGUUACAUGCUGAUAACAGAGAGGAGAGACAAAAAAUACAAAGUGCAAAAGACAAAGCAGGGCAGGAUGCAGAGGAGGAUGGUGUUUUGGAGAAAGAGCUGGAUGGUACUGUAAGUGCUGAUGAGGAUUGUGAUGGCAAAGGCAAGAGGAAAAAAAAGAAACCAAGAAAGACUGAAGAAGGGAAAGAAGUCAAGAGACCAGAAAACAAGAACAUCUUGUCAGAGAAGAAAAAUACACCUAAAAAGCAAAGGAAUCAAGACAAAGGCAGAAGUAACACAGAGUUAGAUAAGCUGGUGUCACCUGUGUCUGCCCAAACCCAGAAGAGUUCCAGGUGUGCUGGGGAAGAAAGGGGCCUCAGAUCUUCCGACUCAGCUGAGGAGGAGAAAGAGACCAAAAAAAAUGAACCUAAAGAAAAAUAUCAGAAAAGACAUGAGUUGGACAAAGAAGAAAAAGGCCGAAAAGAGCCAAAAGGACUAAAGACAUUUAAGGAAAUCAGAAAUGCGUUUGAUUUAUUCAAAAAAACUGCAGAAGAAAAAAAUGAUCCUGAGAAUAAUCGGAAAAGAGAAGAAAUAUCAUUGGAUUGUAAAGCUUCAGAAGAUCACAAAACAAAGGAGAACAAAUGUUCACUUAAAGAAAGGAGAAAUACCAGAGAUGAAACUGACACUUGGGCAUACAUUGCUGCAGAAGGUGAUCAGGAGGCUUUGGACAAUGUAUGUCAAAUGGAUGAGAAUUUGGAUGGUAGGCAACAGAUCUUGAGUUUGGGCAUGGACCUGCAGCUGGAGUGGAUGAAAUUAGAGGAUUUUCAAAGGCACCUUGAUGGGGAAGAUGAAGCUUUUGUCACAGCAAAUGUCAUUUCAAGUAAUUUGUUGAGGGACGCUGUGAAAAAUGGAGAUUAUAUUACUGUAAAGGUUGCACUUAAUUCAAAUGAAGACUAUAACUUGGACCAAGAGGAUUCUAGUGGGAUGACGCUGGUGAUGCUCGCUGCAGCAGGAGGGCAGGACGACCUCCUGAGACUCCUCCUCACCAAAGGUGCGAAAGUGAAUGGGCAGCAAAAGAAUGGGACCACAGCUCUCAUCCAUGCCGCCGAGAAGAAUUUUUUAACCACGGUGGCUAUUCUUUUGGAGGCAGGAGCUUUUGUAAACGUUCAGCAGACCAAUGGAGAGACUGCACUUAUGAAGGCCUGUAAAAGAGGAAACUCAGACAUUGUACGUCUUGUGAUUGAAUGUGGAGCUGAUUGCAACAUUUUGUCAAAGCACCAAAAUAGUGCACUGUAUUUUGCAAAGCAGUGUAACAACAUACUAGUGUACGACUUGCUGAAGAGCCAUUUAGAGACGCUUUCCAGAGUGGCAGAAGAAACCAUCAGGGAUUACUUUGAAGCUCGCCUUGCCCUAUUGGAAUCUGUUUUCCCAAUAGCGUGUCAUCGACUCUGUGAGGGGUCGGAUUUCUCAACAGAUUUCAAUUACAAACCACCACAGAACAUACCAGAAAACUCUGGUGUCCUGCUCUUCAUUUUCCAUGCCAACUUUUUGGGUAAAGAAGUUAUUGCUCGGCUCUGUGGACCAUGCAGCGUACAAGCUGUAGUUUUAAAUGAUAAAUUCCAACUUCCUGUUUUUCUGGAUAGUCAUUUUGUUUACUCAUUCAGCCCUGUUGCAGGCCCCAAUAAGCUCUUUAUUAGGUUGACAGAAGCACCCUCAGCCAAGGUAAAAAUCUUUGCUUUGUAUUUAAUUACUACUGAAAUUGCUAUUCUUUUGUCAUCAUUAGAAAAAGCUUCCAGAAUGUCUUAAGACGUCUCUAGAAAUGUCAGUGGGCCUAGGGUUGUGAGGCUGGGUGCAGUGAUGUAUAUGGGAUGAAUGGUGACUGUGAGGGAGUCCUGUUCUAGGUUUUGGUACUGAAUUGUUAUUGUAUGUUUAGGCUGACACCUCUCCAUGUGAAAGGAAGCUGAUGAAAGGAAUCCUAUCUGAUAUGAUUAAUACACUAACAAUAUCAUAAAUACUGGGAAUUUUUUUAAACUGAAAUACUGAUAACUAAUCUAAGCCGGUAACUAAAAGUUGCAAAUGUUGCCAAACAAGAUAGGUUCCGUUGGUCAUGCUCUUCUUGCUCACAAGGGAGUUCUUGUUCUGUUCUGACACAAGUGUUUUCCUUCCCUAGGUCAAGUUGCUGAUAGGGGCAUACAGAGUGCAACUGCAGUAACCAAAGAUUGAAUGGAGCUGUUUUCAGACACAUCCCUAAAUAUUCUUUGAAGCAGUUUGGAAUUGUGGCACAUCUAAAAGUUUCAAAUGUAAAGUUUUAUCUGUAAACCUCUUGCUGUUUAAGCCUGUCAUCUGUUGUGUCUUGAGUUGGGAUGUGGUGUCUCUAAGACAUAUAGAAUCUAGAUGGAAGUGUUUGUGCCAGUGUUCAGAAAUCUCAGUGUUGCAUCCAGACUGCAUAUUUCAGUUUUUCCACAAUGUGGAAUGGUAUAGAUGAGGACUGUUAAGAAAAUUAAAGACGUUUAAGCUUUAAAAUUUUCUACCAGAUUUCACCUUGUGCAUUUUUUUUUUUAAUCAGGUGCAAAGCAAGGGAAGCGCACUGUACGAUGUAUGAAAGUCACUUCACGCUCUUGGUUGAGCUCAUGUGUUUGAGGGGUGGGGUGAGAGAAUGUGCACUUCCUGCUUAUCCUUUCAAAAGAUAACAAGGUAUCUUUUGAACAAAUCCCAGGACAUUAUGUGAACAUUCUUUCCAUGUGCUUUAGGGUUCAUAAAGUACAAACAUUAAUAAAUCAAGCUUAGACUGGGUUAUGGAAGAGUCAAAAUUUGUUGAGUUUUUAAUUGUACAAAGUAUUUUCUUUUUCCCAUACUGACUGGACCUAGGCAAGCACUCAACCAC